GAGAGGAGGGAAGUUGUCGAAGUUAGGGGAGACGCCCGCUCGCUCGCUCGGGCCUCGCCUUUGGCCGCUUCCUCCGCCUCCUCCCCGCCCUGAGCCCCCAUCCGCCAGUCCUUCCUUCCCCUCCCGUGCAUGAUGGAAACACCAUGGCUGCGGCGGCCCAGCUCUCCCUGACACAGUUAUCGAGUGGGAAUCCUGUAUAUGAAAAAUACUAUAGACAGGUUGAUACUGGCAAUGCUGGAAGAGUAUUAGCUUCUGAUGCUGCUGUUUUCCUGAAAAAAUCAGGGCUUCCAGACUUAAUACUUGGGAAGAUUUGGGAUUUAGCUGACACAGAUGGCAAAGGUAUCCUGAACAAACAAGAAUUCUUCAUUGCUUUGCGUCUUGUGGCAUGUGCCCAGAAUGGAUUGGACGUUUCACUGAACAGCUUGAACUUGGCUGUUCCUCCACCACGAUUUCAUGAUACCAGUAGUCCUUUGCUCAUCAGUGGAACCUCUGCAGCUGAGCUCCCAUGGGCUGUAAAAUCUGAAGAUAAGGCCAAAUAUGAUGCCAUUUUUGAUAGUUUAAAGCCAGUGAAUGGAUUUCUGUCUGGUGAUAAAGUGAAACCAGUAUUGCUCAACUCUAAAUUACCUGUGGAUAUCCUUGGAAGAGUUUGGGAGUUGAGUGAUAUUGACCAUGAUGGAAUGCUUGACAGGGAUGAGUUUGCAGUUGCCAUGUUUUUGGUAUACUGCGCAUUGGAGAAAGAACCUGUGCCAAUGUCCUUGCCUCCAGCCUUGGUGCCACCUUCUAAGAGAAAAACGGUCAGUAUACCAGGCUCUGUGUGGUUGACCCCAUCUUCAGCAUCAGCCAAGGAACUUUAUCACUCCUUACCACCUGUAGGCAUUUUACCUGCCAAAGCAACAUUAAGACAGUGGGUUGUAUCCCCUGCAGAAAAAGCUAAAUAUGAUGAAAUCUUCUUGAAAACUGAUAAAGACAUGGAUGGAUUUGUGUCUGGAUUGGAAGUCCGUGAAAUCUUCCUGAAGACAGGUUUACCUUCUGCUGUACUAGCCCAUAUUUGGGCAUUAUGUGACACAAAAGACUGUGGGAAGCUUUCAAAGGAUCAGUUUGCCUUGGCUUUUCACUUAAUCAAUCAGAAGUUUAUAAAGGGCAUUGAUCCUCCUCAUAUUCUUUCUCCUGAGAUGAUUCCACCAUCAGACAGGGCCAGUUUACAAAAGAACACCAUAGGAUCAAGUCCUGUUGCAGAUUUCUCUGCUAUUAAGGAGCUAGAUACCCUUAACAAUGAAAUAGUUGACCUACAGAGGGAAAAGAAUAAUGUGGAGCAGGACCUUAAGGAGAAAGAAGAUACUAUUAAACAGAGAAUAAACGAGGUUCAGGAUCUUCAAGAUGAAGUUCAAAGGGAGACUGCUAAUCUGCAAAAACUACAGGCCCAGAAACAGCAAGUACAGGAGCUCCUUGAUGGACUGGAUGAGCAGAAAUCCCAGCUGGAGAAGCAGCUCAGGGACGUCAGAAAGAAAUGUGCUGAGGAGGCCCAGCUGAUCUCAUCCCUGAAAGCUGAGUUAACUAGUCAGGAAUCACAGAUCUCCACUUGCGAAGAAGAGCUGGCCAAAGCUAGGGAAGAGCUGAGUCGCCUGCAGCAGGAGACAGUAGAGUUGGAGGAGAGCGUGGAGUCCGGGAAGGCUCAGCUGGGGCCGCUCCAGCAGCACCUGCAGGAUUCACAGCAGGAAGUCAGUUCAAUGCAAAUGAAACUGAUGGAAAUGAAAGAGCUGGAAAACCAUAAUAAUCAGUUAAAUUGGUGCAGUAGCCCACACAGUGCUCUUGUCAAUGGUGCUACAGAUUAUUGCAGCCUCAGCACCAGCAGCAGUGAAACAGCCAACCUUAAUGAGCACGGCGAAGGCCAGGGCAACCUCGAGUCGGAGUCCAUACACCAGGAGUCUCCAGCAAGAAGUAGUCCUGAAAUACUGCCUCCUGGUGUGACUGAUGAAAAUGAAGUGGUAACUGCAGUUGCCAAUGAAAAUAUGUGUCCUGAAUUUAACAGUGACAGACAUUCAAAAGAGGAAGAUCCAUUUAAUGUAGAAUCAAGUUCACUGACAGAUCCAGUUGCUGAUACAAACUUGGAUUUUUUCCAAUCUGAUCCUUUUGUUGGCAGUGAUCCUUUCAAGGAUGAUCCUUUUGGGAAAAUUGAUCCAUUUGGAGGUGAUCCUUUCAAGGGUUCAGAUCCGUUUGCAUCUGACUGUUUCUUCAAGCAAUCUUCUGCUGACCCUUUCGCUACUUCAAGUACUGACCCUUUCAGUGCAGCCAGCAAUAGCAGUAACACAUCAGUGGAAACAUUGAAACAUAAUGAUCCUUUUGCUCCUGGUGGCACAGUUGUCGCAGCAAGUGAUUCUGCCACAGACCCCUUUGCUUCUGUUUUUGGAAGUGAAUCAUUUGAAGAUGGAUUUGCUGACUUCAGCACAUUGUCAAAGGUCAACAAUGAAGAUCCUUUUAGUUCAGCCUCAUCGAGUUCUGUCAGCAAUGUGGUCUUUACAAAAAAUGUGCUUGAGGAAACAACAGUCAAAAGUGAAGAUAUGCCCCCAGCACUGCCACCAAAGACUGGAACACCUACAAGACCCUGUCCCCCCCCACCAGGGAAAAGACCCAUCAACAAAUUGGAGGCUUCUGAUCCCUUUAAACUGAAUGAUCCAUUUCAGCCUUUCCCUGACAAUGAUAGCCCCAAAGAAAAAGAUCCUGAUAUGUUUUGUGAUCCAUUCACUUCUACUUCUACUACUACCACUACCAGUAAAGAGGCUGACCCAAGCAAUUUUGCUAACUUCAGUGCUUAUCCCUCUGAAGAAGAUAUGAUUGAAUGGGCCAAGAGGGAAAGUGAGAGAGAGGAAGAGCAGAGGCUUGCCCGACUGAAUCAGCAAGAGCAAGAAGACUUAGAACUGGCUAUUGCACUCAGCAAAUCUGAGAUAUCAGAAGCAUGAAGACAAUUAUCCUGUCUUUUGUCAACCAUACAAUACUCUUCUUCCUGAAUACUGAAACUAUUUACAAUGUGUAUCAAAACUACCUAUGAGCAUGGGAAUAUAAAAGGUUUGAGAUUCCUGUAAAUGUGACAAAAGUUCUUUUUUACUCUAUUUCAGAUUUGUCUUUUUUGCCCCCCCCACCACCUCGGCCCCCUUAAAAGCAGGACCCAGUCAGACAACAUCACCUAGGCCCCUGUUCUGGUGUGCAUUACUGUGAGCUUUUGCCUGCCUGUGCUGCUUUCACAUGUAAAGCUAGAGCACCCAAGCUUCUGCCUUCCAGAAUAUAGAGAGAUAGGCUCACCCCAUGCUACCCUUAUCCUGUAGUUACUCCGAUGAUGGCCAGUGGGGUUCUUAAAGUUUGCAGCAGAAUUCUUCUGUGAUUUGGAUGUUUGAGGAAGGAGAGUGGAAAGAACAUCCUAUUUCUUCUAUGGAAGUGCAAAAUUGGCUAAAGUGCAUGUUUGUACUUCCUUAUAAUCAAAAUACUGUUCAGUUUGUUUUUUAUAGACAAGGUAAAAUAUUUUGCACAAAUUGACUCCAUUAUUGAGAAAGGGAUGCUUUAGACUGACCCAUCAUAGCUUCAGACUCAAUCUUUUCCUAAAUAAAAAUAUUAAAGCAUCAUGUGUGAAGAAUAUUUAAAAAAAACCUUUUUUUGGAUUUAAAGAAUUUUAGAUAAAUAGAUACCUCUCCAUAAUUUUAAGUGUGAGACAGUGGAGAAAAUUUAUCAUCUAAAAUAUACCUAUCAGUAUAAAGUAAGCAAAAAUCUUAACAUGGCAGCCAAGGUAUUUUGCCUUUAGUUCAUGGUAGGUUUUCGGGUGUUUGGUUUUUUUUUUUUUUUUUUGGUACUUUUGCAGAAGAAACUUUUAUGAGCUAGAACUGGAAGGUACUUCAAUUUUUUGUAUAUGUAUUUUUUUCCUUGUUUUCUUUAAUGAAAGCUCAAUUACUUGAAAUGUAAAACUUCCACUGAAUAUAACUGAAAAAAAAUGACAUGUAUUAAAUCAUAUUACUGCUUUUUAUCCAUCUUUAUGGUUUAAAAUAGUUUUUUCUGUUGAUAUUUUUCACCUAUAAAAUUGGCAGGUUAGCAAAAAAAAAUCUUGUCUUUUUAAUUAGGAGGGGAGAGACGUGCUAAAUUGUCAAAGCUCUUCAUGUAUUGAAAGCCUGUCUCCUAUAAAACUGACCCAGCAGACAGUUUGAAAUAGACUGUGAAGCAGGCUAUAAACUGUAAUCUUAAUUUUUUUUAAACAUCAGUUACUGACUUAGAUAAUGUACUAAAUAUCAAGAUAAAGAAAAAUACACCUAUAACUAAUUAAAAGUCUAUGGUCACCAAGUCAAGCUGGUAUUGAUCUAUGUUAAUCAAAGUAAUUUAUUGCCUAGCCUAUGAAUAAAUUCCAAAAUAUCUAAUUCAUUUCAUCUUGAAAUGGUGCUUUUUCCCCCCUCCACACACAAUUGGACUGCUACAGUUUAAAACAAACUUAAACCACUUUCUUGCACUGCUAACUUUUUUCUACUUUUAUAAAUUGAAACAUUUCAGCAUAAAAGUCAUACAUGUGAAGCAAAGGCUGAAUAAUAACCAUAAGGCUUUCAUUUUGAUAAACUAAUCCAGUGACCUAAGGAUAUACUGCAAAAGUUGAUGGAGAAGGUAGUGGGAGUUGUGAUAAAUAGUGUUUUUUGGGUUUUUUUUUCUUCCCCUUAUACAUCAGGAAAAAGGUAAGUUGACUUGAACAACUUUCUUUUGCACUGGGAAAAUGAGUGGAUGUUGGAAAUGCUUUUAAAGUUUUCUUUUUUUAAUUAAAAAAAUUCUAAAAAUAUUAAAAAUCUGUAACUUAUAAACACCGACUUUCAAUGUAAUAAGCAUACCCCAAUCUUAUAUAUGUUGAACUGGAUUACAUAGAUUCUUAUCUUUUGUUAAAAUAUGUACACUCAGUGGACCAAUAUAAAAGUAUGUCUAUAUUAUAUAAAUACAUAUAUAUCCAUG